GACUACCCACAUACCAAGUCUGAUCUUUCGACAAUUACAAUCUAGAUACACCUCUGCCUUUUAUUGUGCAAGAACACUACAGUUGACGUCUACCCGUACAAUUAGUAUCUUCUUUAUGUAAGUACACUCAUGUACACAUCUCACAUAAAUUGCCUAUAGACGUGGGGAUCUGGCAUACAUCCUCUAAUUCUAAACCCCUAUCGCCCCUUUUUACCCCUAUUCAUUCAUUGGUGCGCUGCCCCUUCUUCGUCGCAGCCUAUCUUCUACUCUUUAGCUUUGGCUCAUGUGGAAUUGACACAGAGUAUUUUAGUCCGGUCCUUAGUCAUAACCUACCGACAAGAUGCCGGGACGCAGUCGAAAGGGGGCUAAGGCACAAGCUCCAACUAUGCUACCACAUGGGUUAGGACUUGUCUUAGGGAGUCACGAAAUCGCCGCCCCGCCUGCUGUCGAAGAAUCGCCCAUUUCACCAUCCAUCGACAAUUCCUUGCCCAUAGCAGACCCAACCACCGUUGCUCAUCAAUUGCCUGUUUCAAUGUCGCCCUUUACCCCUGAAAUACAGAUAGCGGCAACAACAGCGGUAGUGGAGACUUCUGAAGAAGAUGAUGCCAAGAUAAUGGGAAGAGCGACUACCACCAGCCUCGAGACUCCCACUGAUGAUAUUUCUGUGAAAAGCGGUCGACAAUUGCGACCAAGAAAGCCAAAGGUGAUUAUCCCAAAGUCUUCGAUGCAAAAGACCAUAUCCUUUUCUGUCACGAAAGCGCAACACGCCGAUGGACGGAUACACAAUGCAGCAACAGCGAAGCGAAAGGCUCAAACGGAGGAUACUUCUGGGGUCCAAGACCAGGAAUUCCAUCCCGAUAUCCUUGAGCCUAAAGCCAAGAAGACGAAAAGGGUAGCUAGAAAGACAAAGGACAAUCCUUACGGUUUAACACCAGGUGUGAGUCCAUUCCCAAUGUGGCUACCACCUAGUGCAGAGCAGUGUGGGGAAGUUUUCAAUUUGCUUAGCACAAUGCACGACAACGUCUCUACCCAAGCACCGGAAGUUAUACCUCCUCCUUCACUAGAGGUAACUGGCUGUGGCGAGGUUCCGUCUUUGCUUGAUGGUUUACUUAGGACUUAUCUAAGCACUGCAGUAAGCAUGGACGGCUCGAAUAAGAUGUUGCAAAAUGUAGCUGCAAAGUUCGGAGUGUUGAAAGGAGGAAUUGGCGAUGGCAGUGUUAAUUGGAACAACGUUCGGCUAUCUCCGGUUGGGAAUCUGUAUGAUGCCAUUCGCCAAGGGGGUCUAGCGACUGAAAAGUCUAAGAACAUCAAGACUAUCCUCGAUAUGGUUUACCAGGAGAACGUCGAACGACGCGAUGCAUACCUUGAAGAAAGAAAGACUGGUGUGCAGGCAAAUGUGUUUGCAGCAGCGGAAAAGACAGAUGGACAGAAGGACUUUGAGAUACAGGCAGUGGAGCAGAAUAUUCUUUCGCUUGAACAUCUCCGUGGCUUGCCAAGCGACGAAGUCAUGAAGCAUCUUACUAAGUACCCUGGCAUCGGAGUCAAGACGUCGGCAUGCGUCAUCCUCUUUUGCCUUCAGAUUCCCUGCUUUGCUGUUGAUACUCACGUCUACAGAUUUGCGCGCUGGCUAGGCUGGGUGCCAGAGAAAGCAAACCCUGAUGAUACAUUCAGUCACUUGGAAGUUCGAUGCCCGGACCAAUUCAAGUACGGACUACAUCAAUUGUUUAUCCAGCACGGCAAACUUUGUGGGAAGUGCAAGGCAAACACUGUUGAAGGGACCAAAGAUUGGGCUGUUCUCGAUGAGUGUCCCCUGGAGAACCUGAUUCGUCGAUUUGGCAAACGGCGGUCAAAGGUUCGGGCCCUGGCUAAGGGAGGGCAGCAAGAGGACGGUAUAAAGGAGGAGGAUGCAAAGGAGGAUGGUGUAAAGGAGGAUGGUGUGAAGGAAGAUGGUGAAACGGCGUAAAGCACUUUAACGGCGUUGAGGAAAGGCGAAGAUAAAGGGAUCGCCGAAGGUGAGAUUCUGGCUGUAAUUGCUUAUUAAAAGGCUGGCAUGUGAAAUGGAAGGAAAUGUGAUUAACUACCUAGGUAAGAGCUGAGCUGACCUUAGAUAAAAUAUGUGAUGCUUUCUAAACUGGCUUAUACAAUCUUGCACCCGCCUAACUUUGCUUGCUUUGACUAUCCUUGUUUAUGGCACCUGUCUAGUUAAUUUGGUCUGUUGACUUUGCUCUCGCCCUCUUCGUAUAUAUUCGCCAUGUUAUAGGGAGGCGGUCCUUGCCCGCCCUCUUACAUUUUGACGGUUCCGUAAGCACCUGUACACUUCCGAAAUCGAAAGCGAAGUCGAAGUCGAGAUCGAAAUCGGAUUCGAAGAAUACUAGGGCUAUCU